AUGCUUUGCCUACGACGAGUCCGGGCCUACUCCUCAAUCGCCUCCAAGCCAGCUCUGCUCUUGUCUAAACUAGAGCAGUCGCUUCAGUUGACCAACCCUGUUGAUGCUAAUGAAUACCUGAUUCCGACACCAGAUCCGCAAGAUGAGAUCGUCAUCGCGAUGUCCCUGGGAGUGGACUCAUCAGUGGCGGCGGCGUUAUACAAGAAGAAGUACAAGAACGUUCGAGGAAUCUACAUGGCUAACUGGUCUCAGACGGCCAAGUGUACUGAGGCCGAUUGGAAUGACGUCAAACGUGUGUGUGAUCAGUUAGACAUGCCCUGUUCCAGAGUCAACUUUGAGCGAGAAUACUGGGAAGAUGUGUUCACUCCGAUGAUUGAUAUGUACCGUCGUGGCCUUACUCCUAAUCCAGACACCGGGUGUAAUCGGUUUAUCAAGUUUGGGGUCAUGCUCGAAUACCUUACUAAGCUUUUGGGUGAUCUGAAGUGGUGGUUAGUCACUGGUCAUUAUGCCCGUAUCAUGAGACAUAACCCAACAGGCGAAGUACACCUUCUUCGGGGGUUCUCUCAACAAAAAGAUCAGCUGUACUACUUGAGCAGCGUCGCCCCGCAACUGCUUCUGAGGGUCCUCAUGCCGAUCGGACACUACGUGAAGCCCGCCGUUCGACAACUCGCCCAGGACUUUGAUCUCCACGUACAGUCUAAACCCGACUCACAAGGCCUCUGCUUUGUAAGCCAGGACCAAAGCCUGUUCCGUGAUUUCCUCAACGAAUACAUUCCACCUAAUCCAGGCAAUAUCAUCACUGAAGAUGGCAAAGUAUGGGGGCGGCACCAGGGUCUUUGGCAUGCUACGAUUGGCCAGAAGCUGGCCAUCCUGAUGCCACAGGGCGACCCAAACUAUAAAGGUGUGUGGUUUGUCAGUGAAAAGCGAUACGAUACUAAUGAAUUGGUGAUUGUACGAGGGAGAGAUAAUCCCAAGCUUUUCGCGGAUAAGGUCAAAGCCAACGAAUGGAGAUGGCUCAUCGAUCCCAAGACAGUCCCCUCCGAAGGCUUAACCAUGCAAUACCGUUCACUUCAAACCCCGGUGAAGAUAGAAUCGUGGGUGGUUAAAGACUCGACCAUCGAAUUAAAAUUAUGCGACGCACAACGAGCUAUGGCACCAGGGCAAAACCUCGUUUUAUAUAGUGGCAACCAGGUCUUGGGUUCCGGCGUCAUUUGCUAA